GGCGAGAAUGGCGAAGCCGGCACCAUGCGCAUGCCUGCACCUCCCAAAGCCGGUGCUGUGGAUCCUCAAGGCGGCUAUUCAACCAACAAACCGCCCACUGACCGCGCCGUACGCGUCUACGCUGACGGCGUGUUCGACCUUUUCCAUCUCGGGCACAUGCGCCAGCUGCAACAAGCAAAGACUGCAUUUCCGGAUACAUACUUGAUCGUCGGAGUGACCGGCGAUCAUGAGACACACGCGAGGAAAGGGUUGACGGUCAUGUCGGCGAAAGAGCGCGCCGAGAGCUUGAGGCAUUGUAGAUGGGUGGACGAGGUGAUUGAGGACUGUCCAUGGGUCAUCUCAGUGGAGUUCCUGGAGAAGCACAAGAUCGAUUAUGUGGCCCAUGACGAUAUCCCAUACGGAGCCAGCGAAGGAGAUGACAUCUACAAGCCAAUCAAAGAGGAGGGCAAAUUCUUGGUCACCCAGCGCACCGAGGGCGUUUCUACCACCGGUAUCAUCACGAAGAUCGUUCGCGAUUACGAGCAGUACAUUGCACGACAACUCAAGCGAGGCACGUCUCGCCAGGAACUAAACGUCUCAUGGUUGAAGAAGAACGAGCUGGAAGUCAAGCGUCACGUCGCCGAGUUGCGCGAUACCAUCCGCAUGAACUGGACCACCACCGGCCAGGAACUCGGCAAGGACCUGCGAAACUUCUGGAUGCUCAGCCGACCUAAUAGUCCCGCGCCGUCCAUCGCCGGAGGUAGCGUCCGCGCCGGCCGAUCGGGAGGUGUCGAUAGGAGCCUAACUCCAGGAUCGGCCAAUACGCCAGGUGGUGCAAGAGGAGGCAAGAACAUGGACUUUGCUGCUGGGUAUGCCAUGGGUCUGAUUGGUGGUGUCAAAGGAUGGAUGGAGGGCAGUCGGCGCAGGAACCUCUCGGAUUCACGCGCGCAGAGUCCGGAUGGUGCCGGUAGCUUGGAUGAGGGGAGUGAUGACAAUAACCUGAGCCCGUCGGAGGAGGGCAGGAGUAGAGGACGGCAGAGGAGAGACGAGCCA